AUGGUGUCUUGUAAAGUCCUCUUGGCUUUGGCCUUGCUUGGAAUUGGUAUUUCCGGAGGAUUAAAUCUGAUCUUCAGGAAACAUAGACGAAUCGGUUCCACAAAGGGCUUCAUUUACGUGAUGUUCAAGAUUGGUCUGGAAAUUGCACAGGGAAUUGACACGGACAAGGACAAGGACAGAGCGGCUCCAACGGCAGUACUACCUGGAGCUCUGGCAGCGGACAAGGACAAGGACAGAGCGGCUCCAACGGUAAUGGUAGCUCCAGCUCUGGCAGCGGACAAGGACAAGGACAGAGCGGCUCCAACGGUAAUGGUAGCUCCGGCUCUGGCAGCGGACAAGGACAAGGACAGAGCGGCUCCAACGGCAGUACUACCUGGAGCUCUGGCAGCGGACAAGGACAAGGACAGAGCGGCUCCAACGGUAAUGGUAGCUCCGGCUCUGGCAGCGGACAAGGACAAGGACAGAGCGGCUCCAACGGUAAUGGUAGCUCCGGCUCUGGCAGCGGACAAGGACAAGGACAGAGCGGCUCCAACGGUAAUGGUAGCUCCGGCUCUGGCAGCGGAAAAGGCCAAGGACAGAGCGGCUCCAACGGUAAUGGUAGCUCCGGCUCUGGCAGCGGACAAGGACAAGGACAGAGCGGCUCCAACGGCAGUACUACCUGGAGCUCUGGCAGCGGACAAGGCCAAGGACAGAGCGGCUCCAACGGUAAUGGUAGCUCCGGCUCUGGCAGCGGACAAGGACAAGGACAGAGCGGCUCCAACGGCAGUACUACCUGGAGCUCUGGCAGCGGACAAGGACAAGGACAGAGCAGCUCCAACGGCAGUAGUACCUGGAGCUCUGGCAGCGGUCAAGGACAAGGACAGAGCAGCUCCAACGGCAGUAGUACCUGGAGCUCUGGCAGCGGACAAGGACAAGGACAGAGCAGCUCCAACGGCAGUAGUACCUGGAGCUCUGGCAGCGGACAAGGACAAGGACAGAGCGGCUCCAACGGUAAUGGUAGCUCCGGCUCUGGCAGUGGACAAGGCCAAGGACAGAGCGGCUCCAACGGCAGUACUACCUGGAGCUCUGGCAGUGGACAAGGCCAAGGACAGAGCGGCUCCAACGGUAAUGGUAGCUCCGGCUCUGGCAGCGGACAAGGACAAGGACAGAGCGGCUCCAACGGCAGUACUACCUGGAGCUCUGGCAGCGGACAAGGCCAAGGACAGAGCGGCUCCAACGGUAAUGGUAGCUCCGGCUCUGGCAGCGGAAAAGGACAAGGACAGAGCGGCUCCAACGGUAAUGGUAGCUCCGGCUCUGGCAGCGGAAAAGGACAAGGACAGAGCGGCUCCAACGGUAAUGGUAGCUCCGGCUCUGGCAGCGGACAAGGACAAGGACAGAGCGGCUCCAACGGUAAUGGUAGCUCCGGCUCUGGCAGCGGACAAGGACAAGGACAGAGCGGUUCCAACGGUAAUGGUAGCUCCGGCUCUGGCAGCGGACAAGGACAAGGACAGAGCGGCUCCAACGGUAAUGGUAGCUCCGGCUCUGGCAGCGGACAAGGACAAGGACAGAGCGGCUCCAACGGUAAUGGUAGCUCCGGCUCUGGCAGCGGAAAAGGCCAAGGACAGAGCGGCUCCAACGGUAAUGGUAGCUCCGGCUCUGGCAGCGGACAAGGACAAGGACAGAGCGGCUCCAACGGCAGUACUACCUGGAGCUCUGGCAGCGGACAAGGCCAAGGACAGAGCGGCUCCAACGGUAAUGGUAGCUCCGGCUCUGGCAGCGGACAAGGACAAGGACAGAGCGGCUCCAACGGCAGUACUACCUGGAGCUCUGGCAGCGGACAAGGACAAGGACAGAGCAGCUCCAACGGCAGUAGUACCUGGAGCUCUGGCAGCGGUCAAGGACAAGGACAGAGCAGCUCCAACGGCAGUAGUACCUGGAGCUCUGGCAGCGGACAAGGACAAGGACAGAGCAGCUCCAACGGCAGUAGUACCUGGAGCUCUGGCAGCGGACAAGGACAAGGACAGAGCGGCUCCAACGGUAAUGGUAGCUCCGGCUCUGGCAGUGGACAAGGCCAAGGACAGAGCGGCUCCAACGGCAGUACUACCUGGAGCUCUGGCAGUGGACAAGGCCAAGGACAGAGCGGCUCCAACGGUAAUGGUAGCUCCGGCUCUGGCAGCGGACAAGGACAAGGACAGAGCGGCUCCAACGGCAGUACUACCUGGAGCUCUGGCAGCGGACAAGGCCAAGGACAGAGCGGCUCCAACGGUAAUGGUAGCUCCGGCUCUGGCAGCGGAAAAGGACAAGGACAGAGCGGCUCCAAUGGUAAUGGUAGCUCCGGCUCUGGCAGCGGAAAAGGACAAGGACAGAGCGGCUCCAACGGUAAUGGUAGCUCCGGCUCUGGCAGCGGACAAGGACAAGGACAGAGCGGCUCCAACGGUAAUGGUAGCUCCGGCUCUGGCAGCGGACAAGGACAAGGACAGAGCGGCUCCAACGGCAGUACUACCUGGAGUUCUGGCAGCGGACAAGGCCAAGGACAGAGCGGCUCCAACGGUAAUGGUAGCUCCGGCUCUGGCAGCGGACAAGGACAAGGACAGAGCGGCUCCAACGGUAAUGGUAGCUCCGGCUCUGGCAGCGGACAAGGACAAGGACAGAGCGGCUCCAACGGUAAUGGUAGCUCCGGCUCUGGCAGCGGAAAAGGACAAGGACAGAGCGGCUCCAACGGUAAUGGUAGCUCCGGCUCUGGCAGCGGAAAAGGCCAAGGACAGAGCGGCUCCAACGGUAAUGGUAGCUCCGGCUCUGGCAGCGGACAAGGACAAGGACAGAGCGGCUCCAACGGCAGUACUACCUGGAGCUCUGGCAGCGGACAAGGCCAAGGACAGAGCGGCUCCAACGGUAAUGGUAGCUCCGGCUCUGGCAGCGGAAAAGGACAAGGACAGAGCGGCUCCAACGGCAGUACUACCUGGAGCUCUGGCAGCGGACAAGGCCAAGGACAGAGCGGCUCCAACGGUAAUGGUAGCUCCGGCUCUGGCAGCGGACAAGGACAAGGACAGAGCGGCUCCAACGGCAGUACUACCUGGAGCUCUGGCAGCGGACAAGGCCAAGGACAGAGCGGCUCCAACGGUAAUGGUAGCUCCGGCUCUGGCAGCGGACAAGGACAAGGACAGAGCGGCUCCAACGGCAGUACUACCUGGAGCUCUGGCAGCGAACGGACAGAGCGGCCCAACGGAAUGGUAG